CUUACGUUUUUGGCGUAAUAAAUACGAUUUGAGUGCCGAUUUUACACAUUACGCAUAGCACUCUGAUUUUACGCCCCUAAGCAUUUCCAAAAUACGACUUUUAAAAAAAACCAUUACACAUUGUAGCCUUGUAAAUAAAGAUCUAUUGUUGCUGUCUUUGUUCAUUUAUUUAUAUAAUCCUAAUAAGAUAAUGUUAUGUUUCUGCCCGUUUUGAAAUAUUAUUUCAAAAAUGAGUUCGGCCCUUGGAAUCAAAGUAAGGCCCCGUACCAAACGCAACGCCGGCCGGCCGCACAUGUCACUCAGUAAUUUAUGCAACAUUUUAGAAGCACUCGAGCGCCGCGCUGUGUUAAAAAAGUAAACUAAUAUCAACCUUAGCGGCUGGAAGAUCUGCUGACGUCCUAAAUAUCACACGUCCCGUAAUGCAUAACAGAUGGCGCGUGGAACGAGGUCAGCAGACGGGUAGACAGUGAAUGGAAACAUGUCGUCUGCCAAGAAGAGGAAGGCGCCAGCUGCGGUUUCUAGCUUCGAUGUCGACGAUGACAGGAGCGACAUGUCGGAUGAUGACAGUGUUAUGAUUGAUGAUGAUGAUGCUGGGCCUCAACGUGCUGCAAAGAAGAAACCCACAGGUCAGCGGUUCAACAACAAAUACUGCGAUUUUCCGGGCAUCUCUGCAAGUGACAGGGGGAAGAAGUAUGCACGAUGCUCGUACUGCAAAUCUGAUUUUUCGAUUGCCCAUUCGGGUUCAUAUGAUAUUGAGCGUCACCAAAAAGGUAAAAAGCACACUGAUAUGAUGAAGGCUGCAAAGAAUACCCACAAUGUGGGGGAUUUCUUCCACCAACGCAACGAAGCACUUGACCUUCAAGUUGUCAAAGCAGAGACAAUAAUGACUGAAUUCAUCGUCAAGAUGAAUCUGCCGCUGACGGCGGCCGAUGAGUUUACCAAGGUGGUUAAGGAAGCGUUUCCGGACUCCAAAAUUGCUAAAUUGUAUGGUUGUGGCCGGUCGAAGACAACUGCUAUUGUAAAACACAUGGCUGCAGAGAUUAAAGACGAGAUGAAGGAGAAGAUGAAGACUGGGGCGUUCUCGAUAGCCACAGAUGGGUCCAAUGACCAAAAGGAAAAACAGUUUCCAGUGGUGGUCAGCAGCUCUUCGAUUGAGGAUGGUGUGACGGUUCAACUACUGUCAGUACCUGUUCUAGAAGGGGUGCCAGCUACAGGCAAAAACAUCUUCAACCUGUUGGAUAUAAUGCCAAUGUAA